CGUCCCCUCUCCCGGUCGCUCCGCCUUCCGGGGAACGGUGAGAGGCACUCUCGGGAGCUAGAGAGGCCGGAAGUGCGGCGGGCUAGGAGCCGCGCUGGCCGCGCCGGCGGUAGGGACAUCUCUACUCCUCGGGUGAUAUAUACAUUUUUUUCCGGGUGGCGCGGAGCACUGACAGGCCCCUGAAAGAUCUUGGGAUGGAUGAAGAGGGCACGUCCCAAACCCCCGGGCCACCCCCUAAGAAGUUCUUCAUACCCCUGGAUGAGGACGAGAUUCCUCUGGCCCGGGCCAAGCCCUUGUUCAAGUCCACACGGAACUUCCCCAGCUCGGCCCCUCCAGCCCAGCCAGCACCCCCAGCCCAGCCGGCCCCCCAGAGCUAUGCUGAAUAUGCCCUCUCAGGACCUCAGGGGGGCUCUGCGCCCACACUCUCCACCGGGGACCCCCCCAAUCAGGCACCCAAACCUGCCACCAAAUCCAAUAGCAUCAUUGUGAGCCCCCGGCAGAGAGGCAACCCCGUCCUGCAGUUUGUGCGCAACGUGCCCUGGGAGUUCGGGGAGGUGCAGCCCGACUAUGUGCUUGGCCAGAGCACCUGUGCCCUGUUCCUCAGCCUCCGCUACCACAAUCUCCACCCCGACUACAUCCACGAGCGGCUGCAGGGCCUGGGCAAGAGUUUUGCGCUUCGUGUCCUGCUGGUGCAGGUGGACGUGAAAGACCCGCAGCAGGCCCUCAAAGAGCUGGCUAAGAUGUGUAUCCUGGCCGACUGCACCCUGAUCCUUGCCUGGAGCCCCGAGGAGGCGGGCCGCUACCUGGAGACCUACAAGGCCUACGAGCAGAAGCCAGCUGACCUCCUGAUGGAGAAACUGGAGCAGGACUUCGUCUCCCGGGUGACUGACUGUCUGACCACCGUGAAGUCAGUCAACAAGACAGACAGUCAGACCCUCCUGGCCGCUUUUGGGUCUCUUGAACAGCUCAUUGCUGCUUCCAGAGAAGACCUAGCAUUGUGUCCAGGCCUGGGACCCCAAAAGGCCCGGAGACUCUACGAUGUGCUGCAUGAGCCCUUCUUGAAAGUACCCCAGGACUCUGCUGCCAGGGGGCACACCCCAUAGCAAUAAAGCAUUUGUUUGCCUA